UAUUCUUUCUGCUGUUUUGCAACAUCAUGCAUGUUUAUAUCUAUAUUUAUUUUAGCAGUUUCUAAAUAAGUAUAUAUAAUUAUUUCUACAAAAUUAAACAAAUUUAUCGCAUUUAAGUAUCUUCAACGUAUAUACGAAAUGUCGAAAUAUAGUACGUACGUAUACUUUUAGUUUUGUUUUGUUCCGAGAACAGCGCGGCGCAGCGGCUGCAUGCGCGUUUCAUCAGUUUCGGGUCGGCUGUCCCGCUCCCGCAGUCCCACGAUAACCCGUCAGCUGAUCAUCACAAGUUGUGCGCACUAUAGGUACUGACAAAAAUCUUUAACUUUACAGCGAAAAAUGGCUGAAAAUAUACCAAAGCCCACUGGCCUUGAUUGGGUUAAGCUGCGACAAGACAUGGACGAUGUAUCAAACAACGAGACUCCUUGGGAGCGAAUUUUGCGUAAAUGCAAAGAAAAUCCAUUGGUACCUGGAGGAGCCGCAAUAACAGUGGGUGCCUUGUCCUACGGCCUAUAUAGUUUCGUGAUGGAUAGACGACAAAUGCAACAAAAGAUGAUGCGACUUCGUGUCGGAGCUCAACUUUUCACAAUCCUUGCGGCAGUUGGCGGUGUUGUGUACUCUUUACCUCCUGAAAAAAGAAAUCUUAAUGACUUUAUAAAGAGUGGAGAAAGAGUUAUUGACGCGAAAUAAUUCGAUGUACCUAUUAUAUAUUUCGAAAAAAUGUACCCUAUUAAAGACGUCUAUAUUUUUCCAAAGUUUUUCUGAUUGUACGGUUUUGUAUAGUAAUAGAAAAAUCGAACACACAAAUCCAAAACUUUGAUUUAUAGUAAUAUCAUAUAGAAUUAGUACAUAUUUGCGAAUUAGAAUGUAGCCUUGUGCUUAUAAAUACUUUUUCUGUCCGAUUACUUGGCACCCGUUUGUUGUCAUAUUAGUUUAAUAAUUUCGUUAAUCUCAUUAACUCAUUGUAAAUGAAUAGUUACUAAACACUUUAUAGCAAAUAAAUUUUGUAUAUGUAUAUGCAUACGUUUACAAGCAUUUUUCUUUUUUUGCGCACGAUGCUUGAAUGUUUGUCCUACAAUCCCAUGAUGUUAUUUUCGAAAAAAUUCGUUAAUUUUUUUAUUAUACACAACAUUGGAACAAUAUUUUUAACAUUGUAUACAGAACAGUUUUUCCAGAAUGUUUCCUUACGAUGCCUAGCCAUUAGUCACGGUUUUACGACAAUGUCGUGUACACAACGAUGGCACGAUUUUCUAUUGUUGAAAACAUUAUGAAAAAUCGAGUUUUGAUAUUUGUGGAAAAUUCUAUGAGCGUACCUAUAAAUGAGCAAACCCGUGCGUGCGAAAAAUCAAUUCAGCUAUAUUAGCAAAGAAAUUCCGUUAUUCUAUAGUAGUGUAGCUGCUACUAGCGUGCGUCACAUCUUUUGUGAG